CAUUAAAAAAAAAAAACCACCAAAUUUUACAAUGGCAAAAAUCCUUUCUUUAAUCCUCCUUUUCUUCAUCUUCACCAUAUUUUCAUCAACCCCAUCAAAUGCACUAGGUGGAAAAACACAAAUAAAAGAUGUGAAAACAAAUAAGGAAAUUCAAGAUUUGGGAAAAUACUGUGUUGAAGAGCACAACAGAAGUUUGCAGAAAAAGAAUAAUAAUGGGUUGUUGAGUUUCUCUCAAGUUGUUGAAGCGGAAAAACAAGUUGUAUCUGGUAUUACAUAUUACCUUAAAAUAUCAGCAACUACUUCAUCUGGUGCUCCUAAAAUGUUUGAUGCUGUUUUGGUUGUUAAAGCUUGGGAAAAGAAGAAACAAUUGCUCAAUUUUUCAUCUUCACCUUCUCCUGCUACUAAGUGAUAGUUAGUGGCUAAAAGUUAAAUCUGCUACUAAGUGAUUGUGGUUAGAAGUUAAAACUACUAAUAAGUAGUAGUGGUUAGAAGUUAAACUGCUGGUGCUAAUGCUUAAUCUAAUUUUGAAAUCUUUUUGUUGUAACUUAUAUUGGGUGACUUGUUGUACUAUGUGAGGCAAUAAUGAACGUUGAUUAAUAUGUUAUAGAU